GACGUCGCAUCUCGUUACGCCAUCUUUGUUGGGGAGCUGUCGUGUUUGGAAAAUCGGGAUUAGGUCCAGUUGCAGGUUUAUCUAACGCCAGCCGGUCUCGUUCAGCCCCUCGCGUCGUGUGGAAAAACGGGCUAGCUGCUGGUCCACCGCUCUCGGACAAUGUCGUCGGAAAACCUCGACUCGGACACCCAGGUGGAGUACGAGGACGAAAAACAGGACUCACAGGAGAAGAAUGCAAACCCAGUGAAGGCAGAGGAGGCCAAGCUGAAGGCCAAGUAUCCCGGCCUUGGCCAGAAGCCGGGUGGAUCAGACUUCCUGAUGAAGAGGCUACAGAAAGGGCAAAAGUAUUUCGACUCGGGAGACUACAACAUGGCCAAAGCCAAGAUGAAGAACAAGCAGCUUCCCGUGGCGGGACCCGAGAAGAACCUGGUAACCGGCGACCACAUCCCAACGCCGCAGGACCUGCCGAGGACGAGGAAGUCGUCCCUGGUGACCAGCAAGCUAGCUGGCUAGCCUUCGUCGUCCCAGAGGCGUCUUCGACACCCCCCCACCCCCCACCCCGGGACUCCACCUCACCCGCGUUCCCAACAUGUUCUCUCCCCCCUCUCCUCCUCUUUCUUCCUUUCUCAUUCUGAGGCACCACUGGCUUUAACAUAAAGGGGCAGAGAUGUAUAAGUUACCAGUCCGUUCUGCUUGUAUGUGAUGGUUCUGGGCGGUGGUCUCUGCCUUCGCACCACGCACAGCUCUGCUCCGUCUGCCCACUCCGCUCCACCGCCUCCCUUACGUCUUGGUUUUUAGUGUUCCAAGAUGCAUUACAGUAGGUGUGUGUCAUAAGGCAGCGUUGGAGAGGGGGGGGGGGGGGGAUUUAAUGCACUUUGUAUUCUGUAGUGUGUUUAGUUCUCUGUUUAUUGCAUCCUGAAUGACGCCAAAAUAAUGAGUGUAGAGGAGUAAGGAACCAUGGCUGCCGUUUGUUCUUCAAUCUUUGUUUCUUUUCUGCGCCGGUGGCUGACUUCAGCGUGGGGGGGGGGGGGGGGGGGGGGGGGGGGUAGUAUGUGAAUAGUUGCUUGCAAACCAAAUCGAUGAGGCGUGGUUUAGUUCUCACCCAGCAUUGGGAAAAAAAAUGGAGCGUAUGAAGCAUCUCACACGUCAGGUCAUCCGCUGCUGCAGCUCAGGCAAACGAGGACUGAAGACGCUCAUUCCCUCUCUGCCCAUGUUGUCCAGACCCCACCCACCCCCCCUCCACCCCCCUUCGCUCUUGUUCUCGCUAAAUAUGCUGCAUGAUUGUUAAAUGACACAGAUUCUAACUAUUUUACUUGCAGUGGGGCAUCUGCUUAGGGAUUUAGGUCGAACAUCGAAGCAAACAGACACCGUCCCGACAAUCCAUCCACACGCACACGUCGUAGUUACAGCCCAGGAUAAGAGCCGGUGGAGUUCGUCCUCAGUUAGGAGCGCGGCUGCUCUCUGAGUCUCCGUUCAGUGGCCGCUGAGUUGCAUCUAGAUAAGGGCUUCGCUGUAGCCCAGGGGGAUUUAUGAGCAGGCCAGAACCCUGCAGCCAAUAAACGCUUCGGUAAAUCAGUCUUGCACAAGCACGUGAUUUGCAUUUACCUUGUUGCUUUGAGGACUAGUCCACAUAGCAUGCCUUAGAAAAAGUCAAGAGCGCGGAAUCAACUAAUUCGGGAUUAUAUUGUUGGGUUUUAGGCUACAAAAUGCUUUGCUUUUAACAGUGAAGAAGAUAAUAAUCCACGCACUCCAGCUAUCAGACCCCAAAGCCUAGGAUAGACUCUCAGUGACUUUCACCAAGUAAUUAUCUGUCUGGCGCUGCAUUGUGAUGAAGCAGGAUGCAGAGGAUUUACACAACCCUCCAGAUAAUUUGACUUUCUUGCUACUUUUGAAAUGUUUGAUCUAAAUAAUUUUCUUUAGUCAGCCAUGAAAGUCCUUUUGAGGAGACGAAAGUAAGUCGUUACUUUCCUGCUUGUGAUGUGGAGCCGCCCGUGUGCUUCAAUAGACUGACGAGACUGAUUUCAAAAUCAGUUUGUAACACUUUCAAGAUGUAUAUCGUGCUCAUAUAUCAGUCAAUUUCAAAGAAACUACCAGUAUAAAACACUAACUAAUAAAUCAUAUUGUUUACUUUUCUAGAUUUGUUGCUCACAAAUAGAUCUACUACCUGCACCUUGCAGACUUUUAUCCCCAAACCGGCUUUUAAACGGACUUCCUUUCCGCUAACGGGGGCGUCUGGGUCUAAACAGCGGGCAACCUGAUAGGAAUAGCUUCAAAAAGCCUGUUAGCGGGUUGCUCCGUCUCUACAAGAGCACAUUUAGCUAAGCAUGGAGAGGUUUUAUAACGCACGACGACGGGGCAAAGUGUGAGCACGAACAACGUGUUCUAGUCCCUCCUACUGGGACACAGCCUGUAAAACAGGUUAAAAAAAAAAGAUCGGAACAUCUCAAGACUUUGAGUGUCUGUUGACACGGCAAUGUUUGUUAGUGAAAACGGACGUUUUGACGCGUCUCUGCUGCGACGUUUCCGCUUAAAAACGGCACAAUUUGAAAACCGCUUCCAGAGUGGAACGUUUUGAAAACAGCCCCGUCUCCGUUGUCGUGUGGACAGGAAAACCUGAAUCCGCGCCGCCCACUAGUGGUGUGGCAGGGGUAUUACGCAGUUAACGUUUCCACUAGUGUUUCGUGCACAGAGACGGUGGUUAAAAUGUCGUGUAGACGUGUUGACAGGAGCGCAAGAACAAGCCUGUUUUCGCUGGAUCGUUGUCGUGUGAACAGGGCCUGAAUGUGCUGCCUACACGCGAGUCAAGACUAUAAACUGGAUAUGUGCACUUAAUCAAGGAAAAAAAGAGUAAAUAUUACUGCUUCAGGGAACUUUCACAAACUCACGCUCCAUCAUGUAGGCUAAACCCACCAUAUCUGCAACCUCACUUUUUAAUGUGUCAAAUUUGCAGUGUGUGAAAGUGACGUGUGCAUAUGAUCUUGUUCUGGUGCUGUACGAAUGCAACACUUCUCUUUGUCUCAUCUAUUGUAAAUAGACUUCAACGGGAUUUAACUUUUGUUGUUUCCCCACCUGCUUUUUGGUCUUUUCGUAGCCUGAUUCAGUGGUUCCUCUCUUCUCUCAGUUUUAACACUACUUCUGCUGUAUAUCGGUGUUUUUUGCAGAGGCUAUGUGAAUCUGUAUGAUAUGACAAUGUGUGUAAAUGCUGCUGAUUCCAAGACAAAUCUGAGAUGAUACCCUGUAAAGAAUGCCUGUCCUCUUUAGUCUGACUGUGUAAUUCCUUUUUUUUUUUUCAAUUUAUUUUCAGAAUUGUAGUCUACGUGAUUUAAGACUGUUUGCAAUUAUCAAUGGCUAGUGCUGAAAAGGAAUACUUAAGAGAUAAUUUUGGCCAAGAGCUCACUAUUUAGCGCUAUUUGGUUUAGAAAUUUUCCUUUUGUGCUUCAGGAAAAAAAGAAAAAAAAAACUUGUUGAAAAACAUGUUUUGACUGCAUAAAUGUUGAUGGGGGUCAUUUAGUGCUUUGCACAGGGCAGACCAGAGGAAAUAUACUAGGCAUGUUUUAAACCUCCCAAACAGGGCGUGUCAUCCAGAAGAGAAAUACGUGCCAGAAUGUAUAAACAAAUGACAGGCUAUGUACUCUCAGAUACAUUUGUGCUGCUUUUAUCUUUGUGUUGUUGUUUUUUUGUGUUGCAACCAAAUGUUUCCCAUUUUUUUGUUGUGUUCUUUGAUUGCAUAAUUGGUUUAUUUCAUCCCAUUUUUUUGUUCUUUUGGCCCGAGACAGCUGCAGGGAAGUCAGAAGCACCCUUCCUUCUUUAAAAAAAAAGGGGGUUUACAUGAUGAUGAUCACUGGAGAACAAAGGAAACAUUUUGACACUUCAGAAAGUACAGGGCUAUUUGGAAUGUUUGUUGUGUGGAAGAUGGUGAGAGGAUUUUUGUCAGUAUUUGAAAUAAACUUUUACAUAAA